CCCGGACCUCUCCAUCCUCGCCCCGGCCCCGGCGCGCACCUGCCGGCUGCGCCCCAGGGGCCAUGUGGACGCCGACGACAAGGCCAGACGAUCAGAGCAUCCUAUAAGGUGCCAAGGCAGCCAAAACGCGCUCAGCGGCGCCAUGGAGGCCCCUUAUUCCAUGACGGCGCACUACGAUGAAUUCCAGGAGGUCAAGUACGUGAGCCGGUGCGGAACGGGGGGAGCCAGGGGCACCUCGCUGCCCCCGGGCUUCCCGCGGAGCACCGGGCGCGGCGCCGGCGGGGCCCGGGCCGGGCUGCCACGGUGGAACCGGCGCGAGGUGUGCCUGCUGUCGGGGUUGGUGUUCGCCGCCGGCCUCUGCGCCAUCCUGGCUGCCAUGCUGGCGCUCAAGUACCUGGGCCCGGGCGCGGUGGGCGGAGGCGGCGGCGGCGCGUGUCCCGAGGGCUGCCCGGAGCGCAAGGCCUUCGCGCGCGCCGCCCGCUUCCUGUCCGCCAACCUGGACGCCAGCAUCGACCCGUGCCAGGAUUUCUACUCCUUCGCGUGCGGCGGCUGGCUGAGGCGCCACGCCAUCCCCGACGACAAGCUCACGUACGGCACGAUCGCUGCCAUCGGCGAGCAGAACGAGGAGCGGCUGCGGAGGCUGCUGGCGAGGCCCGCGGGAGGCCCCGGCGGCGCGGCGCAGCGCAAGGUGCGCGCCUUCUUCCGCUCGUGCCUCGACAUGCGCGAGAUCGAGCGGCUCGGGCCGCGGCCCAUGCUCGAGGUCAUCGAGGACUGCGGCGGCUGGGACCUGGGCGGCGCGGCCGAGCGCUGGGACCUCAACCGGCUGCUCUACAAGGCACAGGGCGUGUACAGCGCCGCGGCGCUCUUCUCGCUCACUGUCAGCCUGGACGACAGGAAUUCCUCGCGCUACGUCAUCCGCAUUGACCAGGAUGGGCUCACCCUGCCUGAGAGAACCCUCUACCUGGCUCAGGAUGAGGAGAGCGAGAAGAUCCUGGCGGCAUACAGAGCAUUCAUGGAGCGUCUGCUCGGCCUGCUGGGGGCUGAUGCUGUGGAGCAAAAGGCCCGGGAGAUCCUGCAGCUGGAGCAGCGGCUGGCCAAUAUCUCCGUGUCAGACUAUGAUGACCUCCGGAGAGAUGUCAGCUCCAUGUACAACAAAGUGACACUGGGGCAGCUGCAGAAGAUCACUCCUCAUCUUCGGUGGAAGUGGCUGCUUGACCAGAUCUUCCAGGAGGACUUCUCCGAGGACGAGGAGGUGGUGCUGCUGGCCACGGACUACAUGCGGCAGGUGUCACAGCUCAUCCGCUCCACACCGCGCAGGAUCCUACACAACUACCUGGUGUGGCGUGUGGUGGUGGUCCUGAGCGAGCACCUGUCCCCGCCGUUCCGCGAGGCACUGCAUGAGCUGGCAAGAGAAAUGGAGGGCAGUGACAAACCCCAGGAGCUGGCCCGAGUCUGCCUGGGCCAGGCCAACCGCCACUUUGGCAUGGCUCUCGGUGCCCUCUUUGUACACGAGCACUUCUCAGCUGCCAGCAAAGCCAAGGUGCAGCAGCUGGUGGAAGACAUCAAGUACAUCUUGGGCCAGCGCCUGGAAGAGCUGGACUGGAUGGAUGCCCAGACCAAGGCAGCGGCUCGGGCUAAGCUCCAGUUCAUGAUGGUCAUGAUCGGCUACCCAGACUUUCUGCUGAGACCCGAGGCUGUGGACAAGGAGUAUGAAUUUGAGGUCCACGAGAAGACCUACUUCAAGAACAUCUUGAAUAGCAUCCGCUUCAGCAUCCAGCUCUCUGUCAAGAAGAUUCGACAGGAGGUGGACAAGUCCACGUGGCUGCUCCCCCCACAGGCGCUCAAUGCCUACUAUCUGCCCAACAAGAACCAAAUGGUGUUUCCUGCUGGAAUCCUGCAGCCCACACUGUAUGACCCUGACUUCCCGCAGUCUCUGAACUACGGGGGCAUUGGCACCAUCAUUGGGCACGAGCUGACCCAUGGCUAUGAUGACUGGGGGGGCCAGUAUGACCGCUCGGGGAACCUCCUGCACUGGUGGACAGAGGCCUCGUACAGCCGCUUUCUGCGCAAGGCUGAGUGCAUCGUCCGCCUUUAUGACAAUUUCACCGUCUACAACCAGCGGGUAAAUGGGAAGCACACGCUCGGUGAGAACAUCGCGGACAUGGGUGGCCUCAAGCUGGCCUACUACGCCUAUCAGAAGUGGGUCCGGGAGCACGGCCCAGAGCACCCGCUGCACCGCCUCAAGUAUACACACAACCAGCUCUUUUUCAUUGCCUUUGCCCAGAACUGGUGCAUCAAACGCCGGUCGCAGUCCAUUUACCUGCAGGUGCUGACUGACAAGCAUGCCCCGGAGCAUUACCGGGUGCUGGGCAGCGUGUCCCAGUUCGAGGAGUUCGGUCGGGCCUUCCACUGUCCCAAGGACUCUCCCAUGAACCCCAUCCACAAGUGCUCCGUGUGGUGAGCCCGGCCGCCUCGCCCGUAUGCCUGCACGCCCCCGCCGCCCUGCACGGAUCACUUCUGCCAGCUGCCAGGGCAGCACGUGCCCUGUGCUGCCCUGCUCCAGGCUCACCUGCCUUCCAGCCUCUCCGUGACCAUCCUUCGGUCCCCUGCGGGUCCCUCACGUCAGCAGGGGACUGGAAUAGGGGUGGGUUGAGCUUCGAGGGCACUCACAGGGAAAUGCUGAUGUCCCUAGAUGCGCCUCUGUGGAGUGGGAAUCCCGGCCAGGCUGGGCUGUACAGGUCCCACUGAUGUAUUCUUGCUGAGUCUGGUCAAUAAAGCUGCUGUACUGUCA